UCCCCUGUCUCUCCUUAUCCUAGACGCCACACACACCCAAACCCAACCUCCCAAAACACCCACCCGGUUUACCAGAGAUCCGCGCCCGCCACUUGUAAACCUGCUGCACCCAUGGCGCCCAGAGCAGCUACGGUGGAGAAGGUUGCUGUGGCGCCACCCACCGGGCUUGGUCUUGGCGUCGGCGGAGGUGUCGGAGCCGGGGGUCCUCACUACAGGGGCGUCCGCAAGCGCCCGUGGGGGCGUUACGCAGCGGAGAUCCGUGACCCUGCCAAGAAGAGCCGGGUGUGGCUCGGUACCUACGACACGGCAGAGGAGGCCGCCCGCGCCUACGACGCCGCCGCUCGAGAGUUCCGGGGUGCCAAGGCAAAAACAAACUUUCCGUUUGCAUCACAGUCGAUGGUCGGCUGUGGCGGCAGCCCCAGCAGCAAUAGCACGGUAGACACCGGUGGCGGCGGGGUUCAGACGCCUAUGCGGGCCAUGCCUCUGCCGCCGACUCUGGACUUGGAUUUGUUCCACCGCGCGGCUGCUGUGACUGCAGUCGCCGGCACCGGCGUUCGCUUUCCUUUCAGAGGAUAUCCCGUUGCACGUCCAGCAACGCAUCCUUACUUUUUCUAUGAGCAGGCUGCAGCGGCUGCCGCAGCUGAGGCUGGAUACCGUAUGAUGAAGCUUGCACCGCCGGUCACCGUGGCGGCGGUUGCACAAAGUGACUCCGACUCCUCGUCGGUGGUUGAUCUCGCGCCGUCACCUCCAGCGGUUACGGCGAACAAGGCGGCAGCUUUCGAUCUGGAUCUGAACCGGCCGCCGCCGGUAGAGAACUAGCUCAGGAUGGGUUAGCUGACGACUUUGUAGUUUCUCUCUUAUUUUCUUCUUUGAUGGAUAUUUCUCUCCGAUGUUUUGGUCCUCUGUGUUUUUGUUUAGUAGCCUGUGAGAGACGGAAGAGCCUUGUAAAUAGUUUUUCUGCCGAGGGCGAAAUUCAUCUUGGGAUCUGUUAAUUAGAACAGAUCAUGCCGGCGAUGAGAUGGACUAAACCGUGGAGUGUAUGUAUUCCUUUAUAUUAGUAUGAAGAAAUUAUUCAGAAAGUCACAAAAA